AUGGCUUUCAGUCAGUCAUCCUCAUCAUCCUAUGACUCUUCCUCUUACUCUUCCUCUUCGUCUUUUGAUGAAGAUCACCAAUCUGAUUCAUACGAUGAUGAACCGGAGGAUGAACAACUUGCACCUGAUUCACAAGAGUCGCCUACCUUGGUUGGAUCCGACACCGAAUACAGAUGCGAAUCGGAGCCUGAUUCAGAGGCCGACUCUGCCAAAAAGACCAAGACCAAGACCAAGUCCAACACCAAGACCAAAACCAAUACCAAUGUUGAGGCAAAAUCCAAAAACAAAUCGCCUUCGCCUACCGCCGUUGUAAAUAAGAAACGGCCCCGGGAGAAGCCAGAGGAAAAGGCCUGUGAUGCCUCCAACGAGAAGAGGAAGAAGGCAGAAAAUGAAACAAAUCUCCAAACUGGUGGUGAUGAUGCUAUGGAGAAGGACAAGGAGAUGAAGAAGAAGAAGAAGAACAAGUCGAGGUCGUCUUCGUCUGCUGCUGCUAAUGCGAGAGUAUGGAGCGAAAGGGAUGAGCUUGUUAUGGUGAAAGGUAUUAUCUCAUUUCUGAAAAAGUUCUCGACAUUUGACGGAAAAAAGUUCUACAAUUGGAUCAACAAGUACAUUGAAGCGGACGUGUCAAGAGGUCAAAUAGCAGAUAAAGUGUGUCGAUUGAAGAAGAAAUAUCGUAACAACGAAGCGAACCGCGGGCCAAAUGGGGAGGAUCCUGUCUUCUCAAAGCCUCAUGAGCAGAAAUUGUUUGACCUAUCAAAACUAGCAUGGGGGAGUAUUAGUUGUACCACUAAUCAUAAUAAUACUAAUGCUGAUAUUAUUGAUGGUGUAGUUGAAGAAGGUGCUGAUGCUGAGAAAAAGGCAACGGAUGAUGUUGACGAUGCUGAGAAAAAGGCAACGGAUGUUGUUGACGAUGCUCAGAAAAAGGCAACGGAUGAUGAUAUUUUGCAGGAGAAGGAAGUAUUGUUUGACGAUAAUCUAGUUAUUGAAGCUUUUGAUAAGUAUUUAACAAGUCGUGGCUUAGAUUUGAGGUGGUUUGGUCAAGACAAAUUAGAGAGCUUGGAGAACAAGUGGAGAAAAAUCAGAGUUGCUGAAUCUACUUUUCGCUUACUGCAAGCCAAGUUUGAUGCAAAGUUGCAUCAAAUAGCGCUACAUGCUUACAACUUCUUUGAUUAUUAG